CACUGCAAUGCACACACCGUCUGUUACUUCAUCUUGCAAAUGCGCCUUCACGCUUCCAUCGCCGCAACUAGUGGAUCACACCUGUCGAGGACCACCAGAAGUGUACACUGUUGAACCCAGCCAGGGAAAGGGCCUAGGCGUCUUUGCCUUGCAUGAUGUCGAGAUUGGCGACAUCGUCAUGCGCGAAACACCCGUCGUCAAAAUAAGCCCACCCGACUUCGUAAAAGGAACUGGUUACCCAAUGGCUGCGAUAUCAAAGCUCGUCCGCCAGGAGUUCGAAACACUGUCACUUGACAAGCAAGCUGAAAUCCUCUCCUUGACUUACCAUGCCACUCCUGCGGAGAUAGAAACCAUGGAUCAACUAGGCCUAAUUUUCCGAACAAACGCAUACAACACUGGCAAAGAGAUCGGUCUGUUUCCCAAGAUCGCCCGGAUCAACCACUCGUGCCGACCGAAUACCAGCUACUAUUGGAGCGAGCGGUUGAACAAGCGAAUCGUAUAUGCAACAAGGAAAAUUAAGCAGGGUGAGGAGUUUUCUGUAUCGUACAUACCACUCCUCCUCACCCAGAAAGAGCGACAGGCACGCCUCGAUCGCUAUGGUUUCAAAUGCCAUUGUGAAGCGUGCGCCCAAGAACGCGCAGCUACGGAGGUCAGCGACGAACGCCGUGUCACUAUAAAUCAAGCCUUCAUCGACUUCGAGCCUCAACUGAUUCUCACGCCUCCCAAAUCCAAGACCGCAACUCGACAGGCCCGAAAGAACGCCAACGCAUCCCUCCAACUUGCCUCGCUUGUGCAGGAAGAAGGUCUCGCCGACUACUAUGCGAAAGCCUACAGAAUCGCUGCCAUCAGUCAUGCAAGAGUAGGGGACUGGGAACCUGCAGCUAUAUGGGCUAACAAGGGCUAUGAGUUGAAGGUGAUGGAAGAUCCGCAAUCGCCGCAUACCUUGGAGCUGCACCAUCUUACCAGCAACUUCCUCUCAAAUUGGGAAAGUCAGUUGAGAAAUCGAUCGGCGAUGCAUGGCGGGCAGUGA